AUGGUCUACGAUCUAAACCCAGUGAGAAACCUGAGGGCAGAGACUCAGAACAACACCUCCAUCACCCUGAGGUGGGAGGUUCCUGAAGCCACUGACCCUCAGAACUUGACCUACUGGGUCCAGUGGCCCGGAGAUGGUGGCGGCAAUAAUACUCGAAACACAACCGAUACCAGUGUCACAGUGGAGAGGCUUACUCCUGCUUCUUCCUACGAAUUUUCCGUGUGGGCAGAGAAAGAUGGAGUCAGCGGCUCCCCUCAGACGCUCACGGCCAGCACAGCUCCAAACCCAGUGAGAGAACUGAAGGUCGAAGGUCAGAGCAACAUCUCCAUCAGCCUGAGCUGGGAUCCUCCUGAGAACUCCUCCCUGCAGGACCUCACCUACUGGGCCCAGUGCAGUAGAGAUGGUGGUCAAAAUGGGCCCCAGAAUACACCAGACACCAAGGUCACUGUGGAUGGACUUGAUCCUGAGUCUCUCUAUGAAUGCUCUGUGUGGGUGGAGAAGAAUGGGAUCAAUAGUGACAGGGUGACCAUCACUAACGCCACAGCUCCAAACCCAGUGAGAGAACUGAAGGUCGAAGGUCAGAGCAACAUCUCCAUCAGCCUAAGCUGGGAUCCUCCUGAGAACUCUUCCCUCCAGGACCUCACCUACUGGGCCCAGUGCAGUAGAGAUGGUGGUCAAAAUGGGACCCAGAGUACACCAGACACCAAGGUCACUGUGGAUGGACUUGAUCCUGAGUCUGUCUAUGAAUGCUCUGUGUGGGUGGAGAAGAAUGGAAUCAAUAGUGACAGGGUGACCAUCACUAACGCCACAGCUCCAAACCCAGUGAGAGAACUGAAGGUCGAAGGUCAGAGCAACAUCUCCAUCAGCCUGAGCUGGGAUCCUCCUGAGAACUCCUCCCUGCAGGACCUCAUCUACUGGGCCCAGUGCAGUAGAGAUGGUGGUCAAAAUGGGACCCAGAUUACAACAGACACCAAGGUCACUGUGGAUGGACUUGAUCCUGAGUCUGUCUAUGAAUGCUCUGUGUGGGUGGAGAAGAAUGGGAUCAAUAGUGACAGGGUGAACAUCACUAACGCCACAGCUCCAAACCCAGUGAGAGAACUGAAGGUCGAAGGUCAGAGCAACAUCUCCAUCAGCCUGAGCUGGGAUCCUCCUGAGAACUCCAACCUGCAGGACCUCACCUACUGGGCCCAGUGCAGUAGAGAUGGUGGUCAAAAUGGGACCCAGAAUACAACAGACACCAAGGUCACUGUGGAUGGACUUGAUCCUGAGUCUGUCUAUGAAUGCUCUGUGUGGGUGGAGAAGAAUGGAAUCUAUAGUGACAGGGUGACCAUCACUAACGCCACAGCUCCAAACCCAGUGAGAAAUCUGAAGGUCGAAGGUCAGAGCAACAUCUCCAUCAGCCUGAGCUGGGAUCCUCCUGAGAACUCCUCCCUGCAGGACCUCACCUACUGGGCCCAGUGCAGUAGAGAUGGUGGUCAAAAUAGGACCCGGAAUACAACAGACACCAAGGUCACUGUGGAUGGACUUGAUCCUGGGUCUGUCUCUGAAUGCUCUGUGUGGGUGGAGAAGAAUGGAAUCUAUAGUGACAGGGUGACCAUCACUAGCACCACAGUUCCAAACCCAGUGAGAAAACUGAAGGUCGAAGGUCAGAGCAACAUCUCCAUCAGCCUGAGCUGGGAUCCUCCUGAGAACUCCAACCUGCAGGACCUCACCUACCGGGCCCAGUGCAGUAGAGAUGGUGGUCAAAAUGGGACCCAGAAUACAACAGACACCAAGGUCACUGUGGAUGGACUUGAUCCUGAGUCUGUCUAUGAAUGCUCUGUGUGGGUGGAGAAGAAUGGAAUCUAUAGUGAAAGGGUGACCAUCACUAGCGCCACAGCUCCAAACCCAGUGAGAGAACUGAAGGUCGAAGGUCAGAGCAACAUCUCCAUCAGCCUGAGCUGGGAUCCUCCUGAGAACUCCAACCCGCAGGACCUCACCUACCGGGCCCAGUGCAGUAGAGAUGGUGGUCAAAAUGGGACCCAGAUUACAACAGACACCAAGGUCACCGUGAAUGGACUUGAUCCUGGGUCUCUCUAUGAAUGCUCUGUGUGGGUGGAGAAGAAUGGAAUCAAUAGUGACAGGGUGACCAUCACUAACGCCACAGCGCCAGCUGCUGUCAAUAUCAUCUCCUGCGUCAGCACUUCUGGGGGUUAUGGGGUCAUCCUGACCUGGUCCUGCCCAUCUGGGGGUUAUGAGGACUUUGAGGUGGAAGUGGGCAGGCAACGGAGCUCCCAAAGUCGAUCUUUGUGUGAGAAAGGCGUGACCGUGUCAGAUCUGGAUCCAGCUCAGUCCUACACAGCCACCGUCACGACGGUCUUUAAUGACCUGAAGGUCCGGUCUGUCUCUACAACGUGCCACACAGAGAGCACAGCCAUCAUUGUCGGAGCCAUUGUGGGCAUCCUCCUGCUUUUCAUCCUGGUGGGCCUGCUGAUUGCCUUCCUGAAGAGGAGGAAAAAGAAGAGACAGCCAAAGGAAGUGUCCAAGGAUCUGGUGUUCAGCUUCCCAGGGGAUAUUCUGGCCAAGGACUUUGCUGACCAUGUCAGGGAGCAUGAAAAGGACAGCAACUAUGGAUUUGCUGAGGAGUAUCAGCAAUUGGCUCUGGAGGGCCAAGGGCAGUCCCAGAUGACAGCCUCAGCUCUGGAGAACAUGGCCAAGAACCGCUACAGGAAUGUACUGCCCUAUGACUGGUCCCGGGUUCCCCUGCAGCCCCUCCAUGAGGAACCAGGCUCCGACUAUAUCAACGCCAGCUUUAUGCCCGGUCUCUGGAGCACCAAGGAGUUCAUUGCAACCCAGGGUCCGCUGCCUCACACCGUGAAUGAUUUCUGGCGAAUGGUGUGGGAACAGCAGAGCCACACCCUGGUCAUGCUGACCAACUGCAUGGAAUCUGGACGGGUGAAGUGUGAGCAUUACUGGCCCCUGGACGCUCAGCCCUGCAUUCACGGGCAGCUGCAGGUGACUCUGAUGAGUGAGGAGGUGACAGAAAACUGGACAGUGAGGCAUCUUCAGCUCUUCCACAUGAAGGAAGAGCAGACUCUCUCUGUGCGCCAGUUCCACUACUCGGCCUGGCCAGAUCAUGGAGUUCCUUACUCCCCAGACCCCUUGCUGGCUUUCCAAAAGGUGCUUCGGCAAUGGUUGGAUCAGACCAUGGAUGGAGGUCCACCCAUUGUGCAUUGCAGUGCUGGUGUGGGCCGAACAGGCACCCUCAUCGCCCUGGACGUCCUGCUGCGGCAGCUGGAGUGUGAGGGGCUCGUGGGUCCCUUCAGCUUCGUGAAGAAGAUGAGAGAGAGCCGGCCACUGAUGGUGCAGACAGAGGCCCAGUACGUUUUUCUCCACCAGUGCAUCUUGAGAUCCCUCCAGAAGAGAGCUCGCGCCCUCUCUCCAAAGGAGGCAGUGUAUGAGAACGUGGCAAGCUUAGUUUACGAGAAUGCAGCUGCCGUCAAGGCCCAGGAGUUUGAGGUCUCGUCUUCCGGGUGCUGAGCCUAGACACAGAAAUACUCAGGCCGGAUCUGGACCUGUGCCGGAGCCCAGAUUCCUCGACCUCCGAGAGUACUGAGGAUUGGAGUCCUAGCUUCCCAACCCCACGGGAGGAGGAAACCCAUUUCCUGUGGUCCAAGGGCAGGAAGGAGCUGAUGUACUUCAGCUCUGAGCCCUGUGAGCGGUGGAGCCGGGGGACAGGGGUGAACAGUAGGUUUCCUGUUCUUUGAGUGGAGAUAGAUAUGGCCUAGGUAUACAGGCUCUCAAAGACACAGGCUGGAACCUGGAUGCAGAAGGAGGAAUCAGGGUCUGGAAUUCUCCUGCCUGAGGAGGAGAGGGCAGGCAGGUACCUGCCCCUCCCCACCCUUCACCUCAGAAACCAAAUCCUUUCUUCCGAGGCUGAAGGGAGUCCCUUUGCUUCUUUCUGGUCUCCC